AUGGUACACAAAAGAAUAGAGUCAGACUUAGCUAGAAAUGAGAUCUUUAUCAAUCCCAGUUUAGCAGUUCGAGUGGUGGAAGAUCUUGGAUCCACCCAGAUUUUGAUUGAUGUGGCCACAGCAUAUAAUCACCGACACAUAGAUGUUCACCAGAAGAUGCUGGUAAAAUCGGAAUGUUAG